UGAAUCACGGCCUUAAGGACCUGUUGAACGAGGGGCUCCUCCAAUCUCCGCCCCUGCCGGCCUGACCCGGAGUGGAGAAGAGGAGCGCUCACCAGAACGCUCGUCCGCCCGCGCCACGGUCACUUCGAGGCGGCGAGGACACGCGCAGGCAUGUCAGCACUCCUCCUCAUCCUCGUCCUGGCCCCCGCCGCCAUGAUGCUGGAGUAUCGUUACCACAGCAACGGCGAGAUGGAGCGUUACCUCCGGCAGGUCAACGCGUCCAACCCCGACAUCGCUCACCUGUACACCAUCGGCCAUUCGGUCGCAGGUCAGCAGCUGUGGGUGUUGGCUUUGGGUCUGAGCCCCCGCCGUCACACUGUUGGCGUCCCCGAGUUCAAGUAUGUGGCCAACAUGCACGGAAACGAGGUUCUGGGCCGCGAGCUGCUCUUACGUCUGGUGGACGAGGUGGUGCGUGGUUACCGUGGUAACGAGACCUGGUCAGUGCGGCUACUGGAGAGCGCCCGCAUCCACAUCCUGCCCACCAUGAACCCUGACGGCUUUGAGGACUCUGACACACACUGUCAGAGGAGCCAGGGCAGGUUCAACCGUAACGGCGUCGACUUGAACAGGAACUUCCCGGACGCCUUCGCCGGCCUGCAGGAGGGUCAGCCGGCGGACGUGGAGAGGAGAGAGGCUGAGGUGCAGGCCGUGAUCGGCUGGUUGAAGACGGAGACAUUUGUCCUCUCGGCGAACCUUCACGGUGGCGCUCUGGUGGCAAACUACCCUUACGACAACAGCAAUGGCGGCAGCGAGCUGGUGGGUCGGGCGAGCCUCACGCCGGACAACGACGUGUUCGUCCACCUGGCUAAGGUGUACUCCCACAACCACGCCUCCAUGCAUCAGGGAGGGGGCUGUGACGACGAUGCGUCGUUUGCCGACGGCAUCACCAACGGCUACCGGUGGUACCCCUUGUCAGGUGGGAUGCAGGACUACAACUACGUGUGGGCUCAGUGUCUGGAGCUGACUUUGGAAGUGUCCUGCUGCAAGUUCCCUCCGGCCAAACAACUUCCUGCUCUGUGGUCGGACAACAGGAAGAGUCUGCUGGCCUUCAUCCAGCAGGUGCACCUGGGGGUCAAAGGGCGUGUGUUUGAUGCCUCUGGGGUGCCGGUGCAGAACGCCGUGGUGGAGGUCAAAGGUCGCCGCAACAUGUGUCCCUUUAGGACGGACCGACAUGGAGAAUACUACCGACUGCUGCUGCCAGGAACCUACACCUUCACGGUGACGUACCCGGGUCACCGUGUGUUGACGGAGACCUUUUACGUGCCAUACGGUCCGGACCACAACUCGGCCCUCAAACACGACUUCCUGCUGCGUCGCAUCGCCGUGACGACCAUCAACCCGUCACCCCAAGUGGAGGCGGCGGGGGCCAGCAAUAAACCCACAUGGACAACGACGGUUCUGGGACUCGGGCUGAUGCUCACGCUCAACUCAUUAUUCAGCUAAAGCCAGGUCC